UGGUGCAGCCCGGGCCACAGAUGUAGGUGUGUGAGUCACUCGCAUCAUCCCGGGGCGCAAAGGAGCGCGCACUCACUGCAGCUCAGCGACCCCGACCCACUGACACACGCACCCCGGCCGGGCUGGAACAUGCGCCUCUCCUGCAUCUCCCCGUUAAUAAAUGCGCUCCUGUGCGGGCUCCUGGCAGCAGAGAAAUGGCCCGCCCAGAGCAUAACUCCCAGUGAUCCUGUGGAAAAUGACAGAAACGUACUUAGCAACGCAGUGGUGAAGGAGACUAUUGAAAUAAAAGACUGGUCAGCGGAAACACAGAAGAGGAAAAUAUUGAUCAGCAACGCUACGAGCGUGAGGCUGGAGUGCAAGCUCUCUAGUGAUUCUGGUGAUUGUGAUGUCGUCUGGCAACAUGAAAGUGAAAAGUUGCUUAAUGUGAAUAAUACAGCGGGAAAUACAUGUCACACCGUUUAUGAAUUUCAACUAUCAGACCCUAGCAAGACUGGAAUCUAUACUUGUAUUUUUAACAGAAGUUCAGAAGUCAGAGCUGAGUUUCAUAUAAGCGUGCCUACAGUUAAGGGUGCCGACAAACCCUUCGUUACUUAUAACGGAGAUUCCGUUGUCAUGAAAUGUGAUAGUUCCAAGUACAACCCAAUCGAAUGGAUCUGGUACAAAGUCAAUGAAAGUGAAAAGGUACAAUUAAAUAUGUCUCUAGACUCAACCAAGUAUGUCGUUGAACACAAACGAGCCAAUGAAACAAAGCUGCACGUUUCAGAUCUUUCUGAGAAAGACAGCGGGACCUACAUUUGCAAGGCCGUUUUUAAAGUGGGAGAAAGUGAAGGGCACGUCAAGCUCAGUGUUCUCAGUUACAUGGUUCCUCUCAGGAUUUUCUUUAUAAUAGCGGCUGAAGUGGCUGUCCUGGUCGCUGUUAUUUUGCUCUAUGAGAUGCAAACAAAAAAGAAACCAUCUCAGCCAGAAGCUCAGAAUGACACAGAGCAAGCUGAGAACCUAAAAUCGGAGGAGAGCAGUAGUGUUGAAACCAGUGCAGCCAGGCAACGCAAAGUUUAACCUGCUGCAUAAAAGGUAAAAGAAUCAACUGGAUAAGGGCCCUUCAGCCUGACCUCAGCGAUACUGUCAGAUACACCAGACCCUCUAAUUUCAUAACUCAAGUAAAUCCAUGUAUUGUGAAGAAAUCCUGGAUGAUGAGGAUACAGAUGAGAUGCAUUACCUCUUCCAACUAGCCUUAUUAUGUAUACUCUUUCUCCUUGCCUUUAUAAAUGUAUAUGACUUCAGGGCUAGAGCUCUUUUAUGCAUUCUUCUUGUAUAUAGGAGCAAUUACAUUCGCUAUUUACAUAAAUUAAUUCUUGAAAUUCAAGUACAAAUGGAACAAACUUCAAUGAUAAAUGUUAUUUCAAUGUG